UUGACAGAUGAUAUAAGAGCAAAUAAAUUGAAUGAAACCAAAUUAUUAAACAACAUUUAAAUAGCAUAAUGUAGAAGAUCUCUUUCGUUAAUUAUUAGUUAAUAAGCAAUGGAGGGCGAAAGAUUUUUAAUGGCAGCUGGCGUGACUGCAGCUGUUGUAGUUGGUGCUUAUGUCCUUUGGGGACCCUCCGGAGGUACGAGAUUACGUAAAAGAAGAGGACAAGUUGGCGGUCUUCAUAACUUAGGUCGAACCUGCUUUUUAAAUGCAGUCUUACAAGCCUUAGCAGCAUGCACACAAUUCAAACUAUGGUUACAAAAAUUCAGUGGAAGAGAUUCGAAAAGUCUGAUAACAACUUUGAAUACCGUCAUAGAAGUCGUCAACGGUACUCAUGUUACAAUAAGAUCUGACCCUUAUACGCCAGGCGAUAUCUUGCAGUCAUUAUUUGCUCUUGGAUGGGUAAUACCACCAGACGAGCAAGAUGCUCAUGAGUUGCUGCAUGUCAUCUUGAGCAGUUUGGAAGAAGAAAUUAAUAAACCGGUACGUAAAAUUGGAUGUUUAUCUGAUGCUUUGGGAUUAAGUGAUUACAGUCUUUUACCUACAAGACCAUCAAGUGCAAUGAUGGUAUCUUAUGCUGAUCGUGAUGUUGGCCCGUGGCCAGAAACCCCGGACACAGCACCCCAAAGUCCACCAUAUCCGCCUUUAUCAAAUUAUACUAGAUCUGAAGUUCAUACACCAAAUUCUCCCCAUUCUCCAGAUGGGAAAUUGAUUUUGAUUCUCAAAUCAAUUUGUAUGAAAGCUGCAUCUGCUUCAUCUACAAGAAAAAGUCGCCCACGUUAUAUAUCUGAAAGAUCUUCACUAAGUAAAAGGUCUUCAAUAUCUUGCCGUUCUUUAGAACGUGUUGGAAGCUGUGUUCGGAUGGCAUUAUUUGAUGAAGUACCAAAAGAACCUAAUUAUAGUAUUCCAUUCCAUGGUACACUGGCAACACAGUUCAAAUGUAAAGAAUGCGGAUUUAAGACUCCAAUUCGCUAUGAUAAAUUUGAUAGCAUUUCCCUGCAUUUAUUAUCUGACUUGGCUGGAUGUUCUUUGCUCCAGCUUUUAUAUCGUUUUGUGUCACCUGAGAUUGUGAAAGAUUUUUUGUGUGAAAAAUGUAAUAAGCGUGAGCCCAUAAAUGUGUCUAGCAUUGAGCAAGAUGCAGAUUCCAUUUCAACUUCUUCAUCUUCAGAGGAUUCCCAGGUGAGAGCUAAACUUACCAGUUGCAUCAAAACUAUAUAUUUUGGAAAACUACCACAAAUUCUAUGCAUACACAUUCCAAGAACAAUGUGGAGAGAGGGAGGCAAUACAUACAAGAGAAUGGAAUAUGUAUCAUUUCCAGAAAACUUGAACAUGUCGCAAUUUACAUAUUUACAGUCCGGCUUUGCAACUCAAAACUGCAACUCUGGAAGUAUGUCUUUACCUCGUGAUUCAGGAGAUUUGCACACUCCUGCUUAUCGGCUUGUUUCUGUUGUGGUGCAUGUGGGUGAUACUGAGACAGGACAUUUUAUAACUUACAGAAGAGGAUCCAUGCGUAACAUGCAUAAAUGGUAUUUUACAUCAGAUGCAGCAGUGAGAGAAGUUUCAUUAAAUGAAGUUUUACAAUCUGUUGCUUACAUGCUUUUCUAUGAAAAAUGCAUGUAAAAUUUAUAAGAGUUAGUCAUAAUUCAAAUAUUUUUAAGUUUUAAUAGAAUCCUGUGAUUUAUUUUGUUUUUAUUAGAUUUCAGCUUGA